GCAAUAAAAUUAUACCCAGUUCCAUUUUGAUAAGUGCGCAUUAUACCUUUGAAAAAGGCGAACACACACACACAAAAUUCAAAACUUUAAAUUGAAGUGACAAUUUUUUUAUAUUCGAAAAUUUAAAAGAUACACACGUAACGUUAGAAAAAUCAGUUAUAUAUUUAUUCAUUUAUUCAUGUUUUACGGAUAAUAUCUUGUGUUAAAAAAGUAAAAACAAAGAAGAAUAAUUUGAAACUGUAACCAUGGCUAAUUUAAAUCCUGAUGAGAUCGCUUACAAUGAUGAGACUAAAUGGCGGAUAACUCAACAACCAACCUUUGAAAAUACUUUAAUUGUGACAGAGGAAACAGCAUUGAUGGAAACAGUAAUAACAACAACAAUGACAACGACAACAUUGCCAACGGAGAACAAUAACACCAGUGACGGUCCACUGUGGAGUGAACGAGAACAAAUGGCUACCGUUAUCAUAGCUGUCGCAUUCGUGGCAAUUGUUACAAUCUGUGUCGUUUUAAUUAUACUACGAUCACUUAGAAAUCGAUCGAAUCGAAAUUCCUGUGGAUGUCCAUUUAUGAAACGACAGAAAUCAACUGAAACGGAGAAAAUUAACAAAGGUGAAAAGAAAGGAACUUAUUCCUAUAUAACCAACGACAAUCAAAUUGAACCCAAAUGGGAAAUGCAACAACAGGCAGUGGUUGGAGCAGAUUAUGUAUCCGAUAGGCUUAGGAAAGUUCCAACACGAAAUCCUGAAAACAGAAAAUGGUAUGACUCCGCUGCGAUUCCUUUCAUGGAUGAGGUUUCUGCAUCGCUGGAAGACCUAUAUACAGAUCAACAGCAACCAAAGCCACAACUGUGAAAGAUGUACAUACUUUACGACUGAUUGCACAAUAAACUUGUAAAGCUCUUUUGUUUUAAUAAUCACCUAGUACACACAUAUUCCAAACUUUGGAGAUACAUUUUUUGAGUCUUGCGCUUGAUGACAACAGCAACAAACAAAAUUAUUUUGAAAUGAAUGUGUGUAUUUUUAUUGCAGCAAACAAAUUCAGCAAUAAUAAGAUUAGACAAUCAUCAAAUUCUUCUAAUAGAAUACAAUCGUUCUUUUUUUAAAUGUAGCGCGCAUACCGGAUAUGAACUUAACUAAAUGCUGAUAAUGAAUAUUUAUAUAAAAGGUAACUGAUAUACACGGGUUUCAGAGAAAAAUAAGUUAUUUCAAAACUAGUCAUGUCUUUUUUCGCCUAUUUCAUCUGUCCCUGAUUCAUGGGGCUGGUGAUCCGAAAUAAAUGCCCGUAAGUCUUCAAUACACCGUUGUCCUCUUUCGUGUAGAAUUUCUUUCAGCAUUGGCAUCAGUCGACUUUCAAGAUCUUGGUCUUUGCU